AUGAGUACCGAACCACCAUCACAAUCUCCAACAAUUGCAAAGAGCAAGGGAAAAGCUUCCCAAGACUCCCAACCCUCACAUGUUUUAAAGGCACAUUGGGACACAAAAUCCAUUAAAAGUUUUGUCAAACUUUGUGUGGAGCAACUUAAAAAUCGUUGGGAUACCUUAAAAAAGGAGUGGGGUCUUUGGAAAAAUCUGUUGAGAGAUGAGACUGGGCUGGGGUUAGAUCUCUUGACUGAAGCUAUCAUGACAUCUGAUGAUUGGUGGAAUUUGAAGCUGCAAAGGUAUCCUGAUGUGGCCAAAUUUCAUGAGAAGCCAUUGACAUUGGCCGAUGACAUGGACAAACUAUUCUCUGAUGUUUCUGCAACUGGUGAGUGGGCAUACACCCCAAGCUCUGGAGUGUUUCUUGACACUAAAGGAUCUUACACCCCACUUGGUGAUGAUACUGAUACGGAAAUCCAUUCGUCUGAAUUGAGAAACCAAUGUCGUCGCCAAAAAGAGGGUCCAUCAAAGAAGCAAAAGGGGAACAAAAAACAAUCGGCCGCCGAUGAGUUGAAUAAGACACUUAACCACAUUGUCGAUGCUGUGGAGGCAUCAUCUUCAACUGUGUGA